CUGUUUGGAUUGUUUGUUGGUUGGUUUUUAUUCUUCCGUGAGUUUUUGUGGAGAGGAGGACACUACGCCCUCUUUUUCUCUCUUUCUCCUCCUCUCUAAAAAAUAAAUAAACAAAGAAAACAACUAAGCAUACUCUCUCUUUCUCCCUCUAAAACACUCUCCCCUUCACUUAAAAAACACAAAUUCUUGGUUUUUUGGAGGGUUUGAUAGAGUGACAGCUUUUGUGUAUUUGUUGGAAUGGGGAUUCUGGAAAAGAAUGGUAAAGUGUCAGUUUCGUAAUAUACAGAACGAUCAGAGUAAGAAAUGGAUUUUGAUGCCGGAAUUCCGAUGUCUCGUAGUGGUGGUGGUCUACCAGCUGUAACCGAGGGAACUUCUAUGUCACCGUCUUUAAGCGAAGAUGCAAUGUGGCAAAUGAACCUGAGAUCGAGUGAAACAAUGGAAGCUGGGCCAUAUCCUGAGCGUCCUGGAGAGCCAGAUUGUUCAUAUUAUAUAAGAACAGGCCUCUGUAGAUUUGGGGCUACAUGCCGAUUUAAUCACCCCCCUAAUCGGAAGCUGGCAAUUGCAGCAGCCAGGAUGAAGGGGGAAUUUCCAGAAAGAAUAGGACAACCAGAAUGCCAGUACUACUUGAAGACAGGAACUUGCAAGUUUGGGGCCACGUGCAAGUUUCAUCAUCCUAGAGACAAGGCUGGGAUUUCUGGAAGAGUGUCUUUAAAUAUUUUGGGCUAUCCACUCCAACCGAAUGAGAUCGAGUGUGCAUAUUACUUAAGAACAGGACAGUGCAAGUUUGGUAGCACUUGUAAAUUUCACCAUCCUCAGCCAACUAAUAUGAUGGUUCCACUGCGUGGCUCUCCUAUUUACCCUACUGUCAGCUCUCCAACUACCCCUGGUCAACAAUCCUAUCCAGGAGGACUUGCAACAACCUGGUCAAGGGCAUCUUUUAUUACUAGCCCACGCUGGCAAGCUCCUUCAAGUUAUACACCUUUGAUUCUACCUCAGGGAGUCGUGUCAGUCCCUGGCUGGAAUGCAUACAGUGGUCAGCUUGGGUCGGUAUCAUCUCCAGAGAGUCAGCAACAAACAGGAAACAGUCAGAUAUAUGGAACCUCACGCCACAGUGAAUCAGUUAAUGCAGGAUCUCAAGGGACAUUUUCCUCAUACCGUUCUGGCUCUGCCCCCUUGGGAUUUUAUGCCUUGCAAAGAGAGAGUGUUUUUCCUGAGAGACCUGGUCAGCCUGAAUGCCAGUUUUACAUGAAGACUGGAGACUGUAAGUUCGGUGCAGUUUGUAGAUUCCAUCAUCCAAGGGAGAGACUAAUUCCUGCUCCAGACUGUGUCUUGAGUCCAAUUGGGCUGCCUUUACGUCCAGGGGAACCUCUAUGCAUCUUCUACUCUCGUUACGGCAUCUGCAAGUUUGGUCCAAGUUGCAAGUUUGACCACCCCAUGGGGGUUUUCACAUACAAUCUCACAGCAUCAUCUUCAGCUGAUGCCCCAGUUCGACGGUUAUUGGGGUCCUCAUCAGGAUCCGCCGGAUUAACUUUGUCAUCAGAAGGGCUUGUUGAAGCAGGCCCGACAAAGCCAAGGCGACUUUCACUAUCAGAGCCUAGACAAAUGCCCCCAGGUGAUGAUAAUAUUGACACGGGCGGGUGAAUGAUGCUGGUGAAUGACUCCGGUGCCCCAAGUUAUCGUCCAGUUACUUUUUACAAUCUUAUGGACGAUUAAAAAAAGAAGCCUUUUCUGUAAAUUCAUUUCCCAUUGCUGGAGAUGUACAGGGUUUAUGCCAAGUUGCUAAUGCAAUUCAGCUGAGGGACUUGGACUGCGAACUUCAUAUUGCCGCGUUGUAUAAAAAUAUGUAAAAUAUUGUCACAUCUGGUCAAUCCAGUGUGAACAUCUCAUCUCUCAGAAUUCCCAAUUUCUGAUUCUUUGUUGUUCAGUUUGUUAUAUAAAGCAUUUCUUUUGGAAUUA